AUGGAAAAAAGAAUCGCUCUGGAACUACGCGGAAGGAAUCCGUCGCAGAUCAAAGAAUUAAACUUGGACAACUGUAGAAGCACAACAAUAGUGGGCCUCACAGAUGAAUAUAUAAAUUUGGAGAUUCUCAGUCUUAACAAUGCUGGUCUCACAACACUAAAGGGCUUCCCCACACUUCCCAAACUCAGGAAACUUGAACUUUCUGACAACAGAAUAUCUAAUGGGCUAAACUUUUUAAAUGGCUGCAAAAAACUUACACAUCUUAACCUUUCUGGGAACAAAAUUGCAAAGCUAGAAACAUUGAAACCACUAGAGGAGUUUGAGAACUUAAAGAAUCUUGAUCUAUUUAACAAUGAGGUGACUAAUAUUGAAGACUACAGGAACAAAGUGUUUGCUUUGCAUCCAUCCCUGAAAUACUUAGAUGGAUUUGACAAAGAAGACGGAGAGGCAGAGGAUAGCAGUGGAGAAGAUGAAGAUGAAAUGAAUGGCAACAAUGACAGCGAAGAAGGUAUUUAUAGAAUAUUUUGA